CUGUACACCCCUGCUUUUACAAACUACUUAAUAUGUGCAUUGUCUUUUUAAACAUGGAAAUUCCGUUUUCAACCCCAUUAUCCUGAACAAAUAAAUUAUGCAUUACAUAACUUCAUUAUAUCCUUCGUUAUUUUUAUUCAAAGGUGUUCAAUGGAAUGUGCCCCUGAAGAAAUGAUGAAAAUAUGAGUAAAUCUCAUCAAGGUUGCAUUUUCCUUCAUCCCUCCCCUAAAAUUUCUAUGGAACGGUUAUGAUGAAGGGGUAUGUAUCUGAGGGUCUAAAAUAACAGGCUGCAUUUCCACAGCUGGACAGCAUAGAUAAAGCACUGAGUGGACAACAGAAAUAUCACCUCAGUGGCAGGACAGAGACAAUUCUAACCAACAGUUUUUUUCAUGCAGAAAAUAAGAGACCUUCAAAUUUGCCACAGAUCUACAGACGGGGACAAUAACAGACUCUUUAGUCCAAAGCUGUUACAGACACUCCGCUCAAAGACUAAGCUGCGAGGACCUCAUUGUGAAAACUCGUCCAACCAGUAUGCCAGCCAUUCUAAGGAAAUAAAUACUCUGGCUCACACAAAGGCAGCUUAAAGACUGUAUAACGGACAUUACCGCCGGUUGUAUGGGACUCUCGGCAGAGACCAAAACAAAGCAAGAUCAGAACUGUACAACCAGGAUGAUGGCCUCUAACACUGGGAGUUACAAUUUAAGUCCCUCACAGCAACAACUGUGCAUGAUCAAGGAAUUAUACUCCAUGUCCAACAUAGAAUGGGAUGACCAAGAAAUCAUUAACCUCAAAGACUUCACCAGCAAGCACCUGACUCCACAUAUAGUCAGAGUAGAACAGGGACAGUUUAUGAACAUUGGAGCAUCAAAGCACAUCCACCCAGGCAUUCACACUGAGCUUCUCUUUCAUUCUACAAAAACCUGCUCAAAGAUUUUUGCCCAGGGAGUCAAAGUAAAGGAUAGAAAGGUAUCAGUUUUGACUCAGAACUUUUCUAUUCCUAGUACAUAUCAAGGCUGGUUUGAGGUGCUAUCAGAAGAGGGGAGAUCUGUGCCACCGUUUGACACAGUGAGAGACUUGGCCAGACGAUUUCCCAAAAAAGCCCUGGUAAGAGCCAAUACCAAGGGGUACAUAAACAAUGAACGUGGAGAGCUAUGCAUGGAUAAAACUAGAACUGUACAUGCAGGGGAGGUUUUGACUGUGGCUGGAGACGUGAUGAUCAGUCUGCCUAAAGGAAAAGGUAGGGCUAAACUCCUCCGUUGUUUUGAUCAGAAUGGCUCUGGUGUAUACUUGAACUUUGACACAAAAGGUGCCUUCAGCCCCAUUGCUGAGAGGGACAAUAUUUCUGGGGUGCACAUGAUCAAUGACCUCGUUGCCAAAUUCCGCUUACCAAUCAUGGUGCGUCUAGUUUAUGGAGUGGCUCCCUGUGGAAGUAAGCUCAAAUUCACUGGAUGUCUGCGCUUGAUCUCAUCAGAUACAGACAGCAUUGCUUUUGUUAUGCCACUGGAUAUAAGCCAGAAAAUGUUGCCUGUCUCAUUAUCAAAAGUAUCACUGAAGCUCAGACCUGCAACCAACAUUGAGAAAAUCAAACAGCAAGAUGCCUUUAAGCAGUUAUAUGAAAGGUGCUCAAACAUGAUAACUAGUUACUUGAACAGCAUCCAUGUUCUUGUAGAGAUCACAGAUUUCCAGUCAAACCACCAACAGCAGCAACAACAACAACAGCAGAUAGAGCCAGGAUCUGCAGUCUACAAACCCAAGGAAUUAACCAAUCCAGAUGUCAUUCCCACCAAUGUUCCCCCAGAGAGUCCUGACGUGAUUCAAGAAGAGAAAGCUGAACCUAAACCCUCAGCCGAAGAUCUUAUAUUUGAGGAAAUAGAUGAUAUUUAUGUAUAUGUGCGAGAAGGGGGGCCUCCCCCAAAAGUUCGUCCACCUGCACCUUUACCUGCAAAUGUAAAGGCAGAUGAUCAGUACUGGGAAGAACCAGACUAUGAAACAUUAGCUAGAUACAAUGCCAAGAACAAAGUAUCACAAACGAACAGUUCAGGCACUGGAAGCAAAAGUGGAGGAAGUAAGAAUCUCUCUCGGCAGAAUUCCUCAGAAUCUCAGCCAGUUGUUGAAUCCAAAGUGACAGCAAAUGGAAUUGUGCUCCUUGGAAUAGACAAACAAAAAGAUAAGCAGCAACCACCACCACUGCCUCCUAAAAAGUUUGAGAAAUCCAAAAGUAGUGCUCCACAUUUCUUUUCAAGAUUUGUGAAGAAAUCCACAAAACAGUCUCCGCCAUCUUCCCAAAAACAGCCACAAAAAUUCAUUUUGGUGCCACCAGGUAAAAAGCAAGCUAGUCGCAAACUAUCCAAAGACAUGAGAACCAGAAGUCAUGAUAGUAUUGCUGAGAUGCGACCGCCACCACCUAUCCCAAGGCUUGUAACACAUCAUCAUCAUCCACCACCUACUGGCAUCUUUCGAUUGGAUAGGCCAGAUCGUGAUUUGCGAAAAAGUAUGUUCUUAUGAUAUGACUCAGGCACUGUACAGUGUAGUAUCAUACGGCAAGAAUAACAGCAUAAUGAUGAGGAAUAAUGACAAUGGUAAUUAAGGUGUUUUUGAGUUGUGUUUUUGAAGGCCUGCAAUACAAGGGCCAGUGGGCUUUCAUUCUAUGAUCUCAGUGUGUUGCUUUGUCCAAAUCUGUUUAAACUAGACUAUUCAGUUUCAGCAUACUUUAUUCGUCUCUAGAUACAGCCAUUCAAAUUCAGAAAUGACUGGCAAAUUGCUAGUCAUCUAAGUUCUCUCUAAUGUUUUUUUUUUCUUAACUCCGCCAAGGGGGUUAUGUUUUUUACAAAUUGAUAUGGAUAUAUUUUUUGGUUGAAUUAAAUUGUAGUUUUAAGUAUAGGGACUGAAUAUGCACCACA